UCCCGCCCAUAUUGAGAUUAUGUAACACUUCAAUUUAUAUUCUGUGGUUCAGUGCACAGAACUGAGCGGGUGUGCACUUUUCGUGGUCAACUGAAACAACUAAGGAUAGAAGUUCAGCGCAUUGAAGUCCAAACAAAAUGGCCCAGCGACCCCUUAUUCAGCUUCCCGAGUUCACCAACGUCUCCACCGGUACUCUGGUGGUGAAGGAGCCGUUGAAUUUUUGGAACGGCGAAAGGGUGAGACCGAAGGACACAAAAAAUGGCGAGCACGUUUAUGAACCUGCAACAGGCCGAGUGCUCUGUGACCUGGUGCCCUGUGGAGAAGAGGAGGUGGACCAGGCCAUAAAGAGCGCCCACUCUGCCUUCCUAAAAUGGAGCAAGUUGUCUGGCAUGGAGAGAGCCCGAAUCAUGCUGGAUGCAGCUCGCAUCAUCAGGGAGCGUAGAGAUGAAAUAGCCAGAGUGGAAGUGGCCAACAAUGGGAAGUCCAUCCUAGAGGCGAGGGUGAAUAUCGACACGUCCUCAAGGUGCAUAGAAUACUAUGCUGGGAUCGCCCCAACUCUGGCAGGCCAACACAUCCAGCUCCCAGGCGGCUCCUUUGCCUACACCCGUCGGGAACCCCUGGGUGUGUGUGUGGGCAUCGGUGCCUGGAACUUUCCCUUCCAGAUCGCUGUGAUGAAGUCUGCUCCAGCGCUGGCAUGUGGUAAUGCCAUGGUGUUCAAACCCUCCCCGAUGACACCAGUCACAGCAGUCAUACUGGCAGAGAUCUAUAAGGAAGCCGGGGCUCCAGACGGGCUCUUUAACGUGGUCCAGGGUGCGGCAGAGACCGGGACCCUAUUGUGCCACCACCCAAUGGUGGCCAAGGUGUCUUUUACAGGCAGCGUCCCGACUGGGAAGAAGGUCAUGGAGAUGUCCUCUAAAGGAGUGAAGCACGUGACCAUGGAGCUUGGGGGGAAGUCUCCUUUGAUCAUCUUUAAGGACUGUGAGCUGGAGAAUGCCGUAAAGGGUGCGCUCAUGGCUAACUUCCUGACCCAGGGUCAGGUGUGCUGUAACGGCACCCGAGUGUACGUCCAGAGGGAGAUCAUGCCCCAGUUCCUGGAGGAGGUGGUGAAGAGGACCAAGGUCAUCCCUGUGGGGGACCCCCAGCUGGAGGCCACUCGCAUGGGGGCUCUGAUCAGCAGGCCACAGCUGGACAAGGUGCUGGGCUUUGUCACCGAGGCUAAGAAACAGGGUGCCAAGGUGCUUUGUGGGGGUGAGCCGUUUGCUCCCAGCGACCCCAAACUGAAGGGAGGUUACUUCAUGUCCCCAUGUGUGCUGGACAACUGCAGGGAUGACAUGACCUGUGUGAAGGAGGAGAUCUUUGGGCCUGUCAUGUCCGUCUUGCCCUUUGACACGGAGGAGGAGGUCCUGCAGAGAGCCAACGACUCCACCUAUGGCCUGGCCUCGGGCGUCUUCACCAGGGAUGUGUCCCGCGCUCACCGCGUGGCUGAGGCCAUGCAGGCAGGCUCCUGCUUCAUCAACAACUACAACACCAAUCCCUUGGAGAUGCCCUUCGGCGGCUACAAGAUGUCAGGCUUUGGUAGGGAGCUCGGCCAGGUGACGGUUGAGUACUACACCCAGCUGAAGACUGUGGUGGUUGAGAUGGGAGAUGUACAAAGCCUUUUCUAACCGUCGGUGACUUCAUAUGACUUAUGACCCUCCCAUGAUGUGCCUAAACCUCAUAUCCAUGUGAUAUGCAGCAAAGCAUUGAGAAUAGUGAAGAUUUGCACUUCUAUGGCAUUAAUGUUUUUUUCAUCUGAAAAACACUAACAAUGGCCCUUGAUGCUGACCGCUUGUUAACUUUUAAAAAGUUAGUGAUUGUAUUGAUUACCUAGUGGUUUGGCAUUCCUUCUGUAGCUGCUCUUAAUUUCUAAUCUCAGUGAGCACUUUUGUAUUUUACUUAAUUCUGAAGUAUAAAUCCUCAGAAUCUGACUUGGACACUUUAACACAUGUUCAAUAUUUUCAAGGCAUUUCAAAGUGUACUUGAAUUUGUUUUUGUUUUGUCACAUUCAAAAUAAAAGACUAUUGUGGAUGCAAUGAAACAAUGAAA